UUGUUUUUAUCUCUCACUUGGUCAAUUUCCUGUUUUGUUAAUUAGUUUCUUCUUGUUUUCUUUUCUAUCUGAUACUUAUAUUUAUUAAAUCAUCUUUAUCUCUAAUUAGUAUUGAUUCUAUUUCCUGUUCUUCCUUUUUUUUUACACAGAGUUUCAUUGGUGAAUUUUUGAUUAUUCACAAUUCAAUGUUAUGAUGUUCAUAUUGUGAUAAUCUUUCUAUUUAUUUAUUUACUUUUUUUGGGUCACCUUAUCCAUCUUAACUUUUUGUUCAAUUUAUUUUUUUUCUUCUUCUAUUGGCCUUUUGACUGGUUCCUUAACCAUUGGUGAUAUUUGCCAUAAAAUAUAAAGUAUUUUACAAUCAUCUAUUUACAAGAAAAAUCAAGUCACAAAUUAGAAACAAAACAAAAUGUCUUCACACAAUUCAACUGAUGAAAAUCAGCCACUUUUAGGAGCUGUUGGAGGCGUCGAAACAAAUAAUGGAAGUAAUGGUGAUAGAUGGAAACCGCCCAAAUCUGAGGUUUAUGUUCGUCCAGCUGAUCCUGGUUACAAUGGAGAUAAUCCACCAGCUUAUGAACCGACCUUAGCCAUGACUGGUGGUCGAUUAGCAAUUGCAUGUAAAGUCUGUGGCUCCAUGAUAGAUGUCACUGAGAAAAAGGAGCAACAUGUUGUCAAAUGUGAUCAAUGUAACGAGGCAACUCCCAUCAAACCUGCUCCACAAGGGAAGAAAUAUGUUCGAUGCCCAUGUAAUUGUUUACUUGUUUGCAAAGCAUCAGCUCAAAGGAUCGCAUGUCCUCGUCGUAAUUGCUUAAGAAUUAUCAAUCUAAAUGUAGAGAGUCGUAAUACUGGUACUCAGAUUCCUCCAGCUCUCAACGAGGGAGGUGAACGUAUGGAUGCUGUCUCAAGUUCUGGCCCUUUACCAGAAAUGUGUAGAGUAACUUGUAGCCAUUGUAGUGAAUCUUUUCUCUUCAAUACAUUAAGUAAUUCUCUGGCUCGAUGUCCCCAUUGUCGUAAACUGUCCUCCGUUGGACCUGAAUUUGCUCGUUUCAAGGGAUUGAUUUACCUUGUUGUUGCUAUUAUCUUUUUCGCCAUUGCUCUUGGAGUGACACUUGGUACUCUCAAGUAUCUUUCAAAUAUGAAAGGUUUAAUUGUGCUAUAUAUCAUACUAUUUCUCGUUGAUGUCGCUAUAAUCUUUAGAUCAUUGUUUUACUUGACUAUGAAAGUGAGCAACAUUGAACACAGUGCCGCGUGAUAAUUCAAUUACAAGAAUUGGAAAAUCUUGCAAACAAAGAAAAGAUAGAAAAAAAGAUUCAUCAUCAUCAUCAACACCCAUAACAACAUCGCCAUAACAUCAUUUUUCAUUAUUAUUAAAUGCAUACCUUAAACUUCAAAGGAAAACAAGCAAAUAACCAUUUAGGAAGUAAACAAAAAAAUCACCAAUAGAUCACACAAAGAUUUCUAUUUCUCUCAUCUUUCACUGAGAUCAUGGCGGAAGAAAAAAAUCAUAAUAUUUUUACCGAAUUCAUAUUUCAUCCAGUUAAAAAUAUAACCAAUGGUAACAUCAAUUAGCUUUUCUCUCAAACACUAUCGUGAUUUCUAAUUAUGAUUGGUCAUCUGAAAAUGUUUACCGGACAUUUUAAAACUUAGAGGAGAGAAAGUUUAAAGAAAAAGGAGUAAAAAUCAUCAUCAUUCAGUGUUUACAGUUGAAAUUCAUCAAAAAGUAGGAUCUUCAUCUGAUUUUUAGCAGAAAAAAACAUCAUGUUAUAUUUUUAUCAUAUUUUGUAAUCAUAUUAUUUACACCAAUUUGAUUCAUUUUUUUUUCGAAUGGAUUAAGAAAAAGAUUAAAGAAAAGAGGAUAAACCAUCAAAUAGCAACACUCCGUUCAUCUGAUCACCUUAUAAAAAGUUGAAUCCUGUCUGCUUAAUUUGGUUAAUCAUAAUUUCCUGUUGAUUCUGUAUGAAAAUCAAAACCAACUUAGAGGCGAAAAUGGCAAUCGGGAUUAUUUCAAGUUUAAGACUGAGUUUAUUUCACAAAGUAAUUGGAGAUUGAAAUGAUUAACACAAUGUUUACUAAAUUACUUCAGCCAUUUUGUUAAAUUGCAACAAAAUCAACAAAAUUCAUUGGUUCCUGUGUCAAUCUAUCCGGCAAAAACCGAGAAAUUUAAUCAACUAAUCAACAAAUUGAUUCUCUCUUUACCAUUAUGAUAAAAUUAUCAAUUAAUCAACUAUUUCCUUUUAUUGACCAUAAAAACAAACAAACAUUUAAAAGUGUUUCCGAAAUCAAUUUGCAAAAAAAGCUUCAAUGAGGAAAAACAAAUUACCAUGAAAUUAAUUGUCCAUCCUCAUUAUUACAAUUAUUAUUUCUUAAUUCAAAUUAUUAUCAUUAAAAGAAAAUUUAAUCUUUAACAAGUAA